CUCAAAUUAAAGAUGCUCCAUUCCCAUUCCCUUCUCAAUUCCAUCAUCAUUUCCAUCACACACAAACCAACACAACACAACACAUAAAGUAAAACAAAAACCACACCAAUCCUCAAACACUUCUCCAAAAUCUCCCCACCACCCUUAAAUGGCGGACAACACCAUCACCUCCCCACUUCUUACAUCCGACCAUUUAAUCCUAACAAUCAACUCCACCUCUUCCGACACCGACUCCUCUGUCCCCUCUGACACACGUCAAAUCUCCAAUCCAUUCAACGUUGGAGAGUUGACUGUGCCAGAGGCGAUAACUGUGGACCCAUUCCACAACUAUAAAGCAGGGAUUAAUGGGUUUUAUGAAUGGGUGAAAACGUUUUUGUGUAUUCCUUUAGCUUUGGUGAGAUUGGUGAUAUUUGGUUUGUGUUUGGCGAUUGGUUAUGUGGCUACUAAGGUUGCUCUUUAUCGUUGGAAAGAUAAGGAAAAUCCUAUGCCUAGGUGGAGAUGUAGGAUUAUGUGGGUCACCAGAAUUUCUGCUAGAUUCAUUCUCUUCUCUUUUGGCUAUCAUUGGAUAAAAAGGAAGGGAAAACCUGCCCGAAGGGAAGUUGCUCCAAUAAUCGUAUCUAAUCAUGUAUCAUAUAUUGAGCCUAUCUUCUAUUUUUAUGAAUUAUUUCCCACCAUUGUGGCAUCUGAGUCUCAUGACUCCAUACCUUUUGUUGGCACAAUCAUUAGAGCAAUGCAGGUCAUAUAUGUUAACAGGUUCUCACAAUCAUCAAGGAAGCAGGCUGUUAGAGAAAUAAAGAGAAGGGCUUCUUGCGAUAGAUUUCCUCGAGUACUUUUAUUUCCCGAGGGAACGACGACUAACGGCCGGAACCUUAUUUCCUUCCAACUCGGUGCAUUCAUCCCUGGGUACCCAAUCCAGCCUAUAAUUGUACGCUAUCCUCAUGUGCACUUUGAUCAAUCUUGGGGCAACGUUUCUUUGGGACAGCUUAUGUUCAGGAUGUUUACUCAAUUCCACAACUUCUUCGAGGUGGAAUAUCUUCCUGUCAUUUCACCCCUAGAUGAUAAAGAAACUGCUGUGCAUUUUCGUAAAAGGGCGAGCCAUGCUAUUGCAAGUGCAUUGAAUACUGUCCAAACUGGACAUUCUUAUGGAGAUAUAAUGCUUCAUAUGAAAGCCCAAGAAGCAAAACAUGAGAACCCCUCGAGUUUUAUGGUUGAAAUGGCCAAGGUGGAAUCAUUAUUUCAUAUCAGCAGCUUGGAAGCUGUGGACUUAUUGGAUAAAUUCUUGGCUAUGAAUCCCGAUCCCAGCGGCCGUGUUCAAUAUCGUGGUUUUUUGAGAGGUUUAAGACUGAAGGCUUGUCCACUUUCUGAAAAGAUAUUUUCAUUCAUUGAUGUGGAGAAGUAUGGGAAAAUUACAUUCAGACAGUUCUUGUAUGGAUCUGCACAUGUCAUGAAGCAUCUAGGGUUCAAUCAAACUUGUGAAGCAGCCUUUGCUGAGUGUGGCGGUUCUGUAAAGGGCUACAUUGUGGAAGACGAAUUACGAGAUUACAUCCAAUCUGCUAUCCCCAGCUGGAAUGAGGACGAGGUCCAUGAUUUUUUUGCAUUAUUUGAUGACGAUAAUGAUGGAAGAAUUUACAAGGAUGAAUUUCUUGCAUGCUUGAGAAGAAAUCCUCUUCUCACAGCCCUUUUUACUCCUCAACCGAAGCACAAGGAAUCAUGUGGUAAUGGAGUGGUAGAGAUACUGUGAUGGUUGUAUUUUACCGUGACUAAAACCUAUGGCUUUUCAGGAUUUUGGACUAAAACCUAGGAUCCCCUGGGAUUACAUGCACAUAGUAUAGGAUGCAGUGGCCUUAUUCUUUUUUUUUUUUUUUUUUUUUCCCUUUAUAACAUUCACUCAUAUAAAACAUUAUGAUUUGUUGAAGAUCUGUGUUUUCUGCCUUGUUUUAAAAGGGCCAGAUUUACACAUCUAGAUUUUCAUUAAACUAUUGAGUUUUGGUUCUGGGUGGUCCAAGGUUUGAUCAAUGUGUUUGUAACUAACAUUAUUAGUGUAUUUUAAAAGAGUGUUUGAAUCUAAUGGAGAAUGAUUUGCAGUCUUAAAAAGCAUUUUGAUGA